CAUAGAAAUCAAAAAACAAACGGUCUUUUGGAAAUCCCAGCAAUGGACGACAUUUGGAAGCGAGCGAAGGCGUUUGCAGAAGAAGCAGCGAAGAAAUCACAAACCCUAACCUCUUCAUCGAACAAAAUAGCAGAUCUAGUUGCCGAGACCGCGAAGAAAUCCAAGGAACUUGCUGUCGAGGCGUCGAAGAAAGCUGACCAGUUCAAGAUCGCCGCGCUCAAGCAAGCCGAUCAGAUCCAGCAAAUCAAGUCUUUUUCUGACAUCAUUCCUCCGCAGCUCUCCUCUCUCUCCAUUGCUACAGGCGCUUCGUCCUCCUCCUCCGUCCCGGAGAUCUCGGACUCUGAGCUUCGGAAGUUUGGCCUCACUGAGGAUUUGAGAGAUUUUGUUGAGGGAUUCACUUCUAGUACAUUCCAGCACUUUCCUAUUCAAGAUGAAUCGGAAACAUCUGAUGUGCCGACUACGGCAUCCAAUGUGCGUAAGGAUCUUACAGAAUGGCAAGAGAGACACGCUACUCUGGUUCUCACUACUGUCAAGGAAAUUUCAAGGCUAAGAUCUGAAUUAUGCCCCCGUACUAUGAAGGAAAGGAAAUUCUGGAGGAUAUAUUUUACACUUGUGAGCACUCAUGUGGCUCAGUAUGAGAAGGAGUACAUGGAGGAGGUUAAGCGUAAAGCUGAAGAGCAAAUGCAAGAUGAUAAAGUGAAAAAUGCUCCAUCAGCUGGAGAGUCAGAAGCGAUGGAAAAGAAUCCAACAAAUAAAACUAAUGAGUCAGCUGAUCAGGAUUUGGAUGCUUUUCUCUUGGGCGAUCUUGAAGAUAGUGACGGGGGUCCAGAUGAUGGGGAUGGUGAUGCAAGCUUCGACGAUGAUUUUGACAAGAUUGAAAGUUUGGACGUUGAAGAUGAAAAACAUUUAAAGAAAGUGCCGACUGCUUCUGGUUAGAACAAUUCAUGCUAUACAUAUUGUGGAGUGAAAAUAAGGAACUUGCUUUUGUAAAGAAUGAAGGAAGGUCCACAAAAAUUGGAGCAAAAACCUAAUUGUCGAAAAGAAGCAACCAGAGUUUGUUCCACUUCAAAUCCUAGCUGGGAAAGGGUUGAAGCAUUGGUUUCUAGAUUAUCACAUGCUAUGAUUUGAUGGUGCUGAACAUUGGCAGGCUCUGGUGCCUGUUUCUUGAAGGAUUGGGGGGGGGGGGGGGGGGGGGGGGGACACUCAAUUGCCUUUGUACAGAUCAACUUAUUUUGGUUCUAUGUUUUCCAUCUAAUGUUCAUAACUUAUUUUAGUUCAAUUUUUUUCCCAUUUAAUGUUCAUAGAUUACAACUGCUCAUAUACGACAUUUUUAUAUUUUUA